UUGAGGUUAGGGAUAUCCUGUUUAUUCCCACGUGAUUGUCAAUAACAUUCAGUAAAAUUAUAUUCAGCGAAUUUAUUGGAGACUUUGGUGAUUUAGAGAGCCAAAAUGCCGAAGUCCAAGAGAGAUAAGAAGAUAUCUCUAACAAAAACCAGUAAAAAAGGAAAAAUCCUGAAAGACCACAUCAUCGAGGAUGUGAAGGUCUGCGUGGAGAAAUACAACCGAGUGUUUCUAUUCACAUACGCCAAUAUGCGUAAUGACAAGCUGAAGAGCUUGAGGGAGCAAUGGUCGGGGAGUCGUUUCUUCUUCGGUAAAAAUAAGAUAAUAGCCCAUGGAUUUGGCCUGACCCCUGAGACUGAAGUGGCGGAGGGUAUUCACGAAAUGUCGAAAGUUCUGAAGGGCCAGUGCGGCCUGUUAUUCACGAAUAAAACGAAGAAGGAGGUUCUGAGCUGGAUGGAGGAGUACGGGGAGGAGGACUUCGCCAGGGCUGGGUUCAUCCCAACAGAGACAAUUGUUCUACCUGAGGGACCUCUCCCUGACUUUUCUCACGCUAUUGAGCCCCAUUUGAGGCAACUGGGAAUGCCCACAGCUCUUCAGAAAGGAGUUGUUACGCUCCUGCAGGAUUACGAGGUCUGUAAGAAGGGCCAGGCCUUGACUCCUGAGCAGGCGAGAAUUUUGAAACUAUUUGGAAGACAAUUGGCGACUUUUAAACUCAUUCCUCUAGGAUUUUACUCGAAGAAAAAAGGAUAUACACAUCUAGCAGCUUCAUCAGCUGAACCCAGCGAAGAACAAAUGGAGGCUGAAGACAUAGAUGAAACAUAAACCAUAAAAAAACUGUAUUAUUUUUAAUAAAACUAUUUUGUACAUAAA